CCAUUUUGGUUGCCGGCUUUCUGGUGUAAAGGUUGCGACUUGCGAGGAGCUUUGGUCCCUAAAUAGGGAGAGAAAAGAAUUCUCCCUACUAUUUCCUAGUUUAGUAAUUCAACUCAUUGAUUUCUAAAAUUGGGUCACUGAAUCAUAUUAUUAGACCCCCAAAAAACUCCGCUUUACUUUCUCUGAAAAUUAAGAUUAAAAAAAAAAUGAGUCUCAGUAGUAAAUUUCUUCUUCAGCAGCAGCAGUAUAAUCAAGAUUUCAAGAUUCUACAUCAGAAAUCUCUGCCUUGCUUUUACCAACACACUCUUGUUUCUUUUCCCAAGAAAUGGAAAUGCUUCCACUCCUCAGGGGUACGAUUAAAGGGGUUUUCAUCAACUAUGCAAUCCACAUUGGCAAGUGGUAAUUCAAGACUGUUAAUUAGUAGAUGUAUCUCAAAAAAGUUCCCUGAUUCGCUUGGGCCAAGUGACUCUGAAUCACUUGAGAAUCUGAAACAGAAAGAGAACACCUUUUUGACAAUUUUGAAGGGAGCAAACUCUUUUCUGCCCCAUGUGGUUCUUGGUAGCACAAUUUUGGCUCUUAUAUAUCCACCUUCUUUUACGUGGUUUACUAACAGGUACUAUGCCCCUGCGUUGGGUUUUUUAAUGUUUGCAGUUGGAGUCAACUCAAGUGAAAAGGACUUUCUUGAAGCUUUCAAGAAACCAGCUGCAAUUUUUGCUGGUUAUAUUGGUCAAUUUGCUGUGAAGCCCCUGCUCGGAUAUCUUUUCGGCACACUUGCAAUGACUGUAUUUGACCUGCCAACUUCCUUAGCUGCAGGGAUUAUGUUGACCUCGUGUGUUAGUGGAGCACAGCUGUCAAAUUACGCUACUUUUCUAACAGAUCCACAAAUGGCCCCUCUUAGUAUAGUGAUGACAUCGUUAUCGACAGCUACUGCUGUUUUUGUCACCCCUAUUUUAUCAUUAUUGCUUAUUGGGAAAAAGUUGCCUGUGGAUGUUAAGGGAAUGGUUUCCAACAUACUGCAGAUUGUCGUUGCACCUGUUGCUGGUGGACUGCUUAUGAAUAGAUUCUUUCCGCAGAUUUGCAAUGCUAUUCGGCCGUUGUUGCCUCCACUAUCAGUUUUUGUGACUGCUCUUUGUGUUGGAGCUCCGCUUGCUAUUAACAUAGAGUCUCUCGUAUCCCCUUCUGGAAUGUCCGUUUUGUUGCUUGUGAUUGCAUUUCAUUUGUCGGCGUUCAUCUUGGGUUAUUUACUUUCCGGCAUAGCAUUCCACAAAGCACCAGACGUCAAAGCUCUACAAAGAACGCUGUCAUAUGAAACAGGCAUGCAGAGCAGUCUUCUGGCCCUUGCUCUUGCGAAUAAGUUUUUCCAAGAUCCUCUUGUUGGUGUCCCUCCAGCUAUAUCAGUGUAGUUGACCAAUUGAUGACUCUUGAUUGCAUUGACCAUUUGAAGCUUGUAGGUUGUGAUCAUGUCAUUAAUGGGCUUCUCUCUAGUAAUGCUGUGGGCUAAGAAGAAAGAAACUGUUAUUGGGUGAUUUAAGAAAAUAUACUUCUAAAAGUGAUCUUAAACAGAUUAUUCACCAAGUUCGAAUCGUGCACUAGCUGACCUUAGGGGAUUUCUCGGUUAUCAGAAAAAAGAGGAGAUCUUGAAAAAAUCUCCGCCGCGGAGGUUCUUGUGGUGUCAAGAACCUCAUGGUACAACUAAAGGAUGGCAUCACCAAAUGUCAUGUGGAAUGUGUUUCUUCUUCUUUUUUCAUCAUUCCAUCUGUAAUUUUUCAGGAAGAAAAGAAAAUGAGCUAACCAUACUUUUUGGACAAAUACCAUGUAUUAUUGAGGGAUUCAUAAAGUCUUUAAGCUUCAAAUUUGUGGUAUUGUGAUUCAGAUUGUGA